UAUCUCGUAUACUGACAGACUUUUUUGUCACUUGUGUCUAUGACACAUUUCCUAACCUGAAUCGUGGUCAUCAAGUUUAACAAUUAAUAUCUCAGUCCACGGGGCAGAACAAUGCUUUUUUCUGUUAGAUUCAUUUAUUUCGCGCGAAAACGCGUCGAAUGAGGCUAAUCUCAUCAAAAUCGUAUAUUUUUAUCAAUUUUUGUGAUUGUGUGUGCCAAAUUGAACGAAUACCCACAACUGAAUGAAGAGCGUUCUCUCAAGGAUUACUCGGGCUAAACAAGUGGUCACGCGCCGCUAUUUAUGCCUGACCACAAUGGCUAAGAGCAAGUUCGAGUAUGUGAAGGGAUUUGAAAGGGACGACAACUGCUUGCCAAAUUGCUGGAUUGUGAUUAGAAUAGAUGGCAGGAAUUUUUCGAGAUUUUGUGAUACACACCAGUUUGUCAAACCGAAUGAUGUGGCUGCUCUCGAAUUAAUGAAUCGUGCUGCUAUUACUGUUAUGGAGGACUUUAAAGAGAUUAUAUUGGGUUUUGGUCAGAGCGACGAAUAUUCGUUUGUGUUCCGGAAAGAUACACAGCUUUACAAACGCAGAGCGUCAAAAUUGAUGUCUAAUGUGAAUUCAUUAUUUGCUUCGGCAUACGUUUAUCACUGGUCACAUUUCUUCAGAAGCAAAGAAUUGUAUUACCCACCGUCAUUUGAUGCUCGUGUUAUAUUAUAUCCAACAGACAAGAAUUUAAGGGAUUAUUUAGCUUGGCGACAGGCUGACGUACACAUCAAUAACUUAUAUAACACUUGUUUUUGGAAUCUUAUUUUGAAAGGAAAAUUAACUCCGAGUCAGGCUGAGGAAAAACUGAGGGGCACACUGGCAUCGCAUAAGAACGAGUUGCUUUUUCAAGAAUUUAGUAUAAACUAUAAUAAUGAACCGCCAUUGUUUCGAAAGGGUACAACACUUAUUCGGAAAUUGGUACCUGACAGUACAGGAAGAUUGAAACCUACUAUAGUUCCUUUAAUAGAUGAUAUUAUCGGUGACCGUUUUUGGAAAGAGAAUCCUGAAGUUAUUGGUUUGAAAAGUUUAGUAACUUAUCAACCACCAAGCUUAACGAAUAGCUUUAAAAGUACAAUGUCCGUGUCUACUCCUUCUUCAUCUACUAUAGUAAAACUUGAGAACAACGUACCCUCCUCUUCACAAGUGAUAAAUUCAGUCAAUGAAGAAACGCAUUCUAAUAAAAGCAGAGAAACAAAUGGAAAUCAAAUGCAGUGUGAGAGUGAACGUAUUUGUAGGAAAUAAGUUUGUACUUUGUUUUUUUGUAUAUAAUAAAGUUGAAUUGGAACUAUA